AUGGAGUAUAGUAAGUGUGCAAAUGGUGGGUGGUGGUGGUGCGCAGGCAUGCCGGACGUGGAGGUGGGACUGAAUGACCUGCGGCGGCAGGGCCGCGAGGUGGUGGGACGCCACGACAUCGUGCCCGGCGCCACCGAAGAGUGGAUCCGCGUCGAGAACGCACAGUUCCACGCCUGCGUGCAGGCCGACCAAUUCGCUAAGGACCAGAUACUCAGGUUCAAGCCGCCGGACGCGUGCUACAUCGAGCUGAUGCGGUUCCGCGUGCGCCCGCCCAAGAACCGCGAGCUGCCGCUGCAGCUGAAAGCCGUCUGGUGUGUCACGGGGAACAAGGUGGAGUUGCGCGCGGACGCGCUGGUGCCGGGUUUCGCGUCGCGACGGCUGGGCCAGGUGCCGUGCGAGGACGUCAGCGUGCGCUUCCCCAUUCCCGAGUGCUGGAUCUAUCUAUUCCGCGUCGAAAAGCACUUCCGCUACGGCUCCGUCAAGUCGGCGCACCGUCGCACGGGCAAGAUCAAAGGUAUCGAGCGGUUCCUGGGUGCCGUGGAACCGCUGCAAGAGUCGCUGAUCGAGGUGACCUCCGGCCAGGCCAAGUACGAGCACCAGCACCGCGCUAUCGUGUGGCGCAUGCCGCGUCUGCCCAAGGAAGGACAAGGUGCGUACACGACGCACGCGCUGGUGUGCCGCAUGGCGCUGACGUCGUACGACCAGGUGCCAGCGGAGCUAGCGCGCUGGGCCACGGUGGAGUUCACGAUGCCAGCCACGCAGGUCUCGCACACCACCGUGCGCUCCGUCUCGCUGCAGAACCACGACAACGACCCGCCCGAGAAGUACGUGCGCUACCUCGCCAGGCACGAGUACACCGUGGGCAUCGAGCGCACGAGUGGGCAGGCGGCGCCGGCGUACGCGCUGGCGGCCUGCACCCCUGCGGCCCCUGCGCCCGCCCCCGCGCCCGCCGACACCCCGCACGCGCCCGCACCACCCUCCUCCGACUCGGACUCCGAUUAA